AUAAAUACAAUUAAUUAUUAUCCUAUACAUUAUAUCUAAAACCUAUUAUUUAUCUUAGGAAGCCUAGAAACAGUGCUUUAAUCUACAGUUACUACCGUGCCCGAUAGUACUGCUCACGGCGACGCUUCCGCCAUCACGAGAGUGCGAACUAGAGGCUGGCAUGCUGGUUCGGUGUGCAACGUACGUGCGCGCUAGCACUGUCCGGCCGAACACGCAAUACUUUGUGUUGUGGUGUCAAGCCGGCAAGCUAGAGGAGACAGCGCUCGCGGUAGGCUCACAGCAGCAGUCGUCGUUGCUUGCGACAGGAGAGAAGGGCGUGGUGUACUGCCGCAGCAAGGAACAGUGUUAGAGGAUAGCAGAAGAGCUUAGAUGCAAAUACUAUCACGCUGACGUCCCCAAUCGCGCUGAACAGGUAAAGCAGUGGCUCAGCUCUGGUGGGCUGAUCGUGGCUACGUCAGCGCUGGGGACGGGGGUUGAUUACCCCAGGGUGGUGUAUAUACCACACGUGGGGAUGCCGUGGAGCAUGAUCGACUUCGCGCAAGAGAGCGGGCGUGGAGGGCGAGCCGGGGAGGAGGUUGACUUAGUUAUUGUUGUAGAG